AUGGCUGUCGACUCGAAGAAGUAUCUAGCUGAAAAUGUCCUCAAUGAGCGUCGGACCGUCACUUAUCGGUCACUGAGUUGCGCUCUGAAGGUUCACAGCCAUGUCGCCAAACGAAUGCUAUAUGACUUCCAUCACAAUGAAAACUCGAAGAAACCGAAUAGCGUGAACGCGACCUACGUCAUUACAGGCGUCCAACACCCGCCAGAACCUCCCGCGACAAACGGCGAUGCCCACGAGUCCGACGGCGAUGAUAUUAUGCAAAGCAGCCCCUAUAUAAGCAGUUCCAUACCGAAUCAGGAUGCCUCGGCCGAUGCGGCUACAACCUCAUCUAUCAUACUGGUGCGCGAGGAGGACUUGGAAGAUGCGAAAUCGACGUUCCGGUCAAUUUCUUCUGUUCACAUAUACAGUAUCCAGCCCACGGUCUUGCAGGAUCUCAAUGUCUUGACGGAUGUCAGCCGUGAGAUGCUGGCUGCCUACGCUCAUGAAGAUCCGCUGGAAUCUGGUAAGCAAUGGGGAAUGAUUCAGAACCAGAAUGUCAAGCGGAGAACAGGAGCACGACCGCCGCCGCCACCAGCGGCAUCGACCAAAGCACCUUCCAACACGACAGUACCCGCAAAACGUCCUUUACAGGAUGAUCCUCCUAAACCCGAACCCUCCAAGCCAACUGACACUGAGUCGAAACAACCGCCGCAGAGAGGAAGCAGCCAGCCACCAUCGAAACCUACAGCAAAACCAGCCUCAUUGAAGAAGGAAAAGAGCAAUCUAUUCAGCUCAUUCGCAAAAGCAAAACCGAAGCAGAAGAAGGAAGAAGCAACUCCUGUGGCCUCGGGUGCAGAAUCGGCCGCAGCCAGUGGUGCAGAAGAUGUAAACCUAGGCGAUGCUUCCGAAGAAGAACCCGAAGAGCUUUUCCCCGAUAGCGGAAAACCGGCAUCUACGAGUAACCGUGAAUCUAGAAAAGAAAGGGAAGAAAGGCUGAAGAAGAUGAUGGAGGACGAUGAUGAAGAGCAAGGAAAUGAUGCGGAUGAAGAGAUGCCCGAUGUCGCCGAACCUGAAGAAGAACCAGAGGAACCGGCGCCCAUUGACGAACCUCCGCCACCACCAAAGCAGCAAGAACUCAAGGAGGAAGUGACUGUCCAAGGCGGCCGUCGACGAGGUAAACGCCAGGUGAUGAUGAAGAAGACUGUCAAGGACGAGGAGGGAUACCUUGUGACUCGCGAGGAACCAUCCUGGGAGUCAUUCUCCGAGGACGAACCUGCAGCAUUGCCGCCCAAGAAGAAGUCGGCCGUGAAUGCGCCCAAGGGCAAGCCCGCAAAGCCUGGGCAGGGCAGCAUUAUGUCCUUCUUUGGGAAGAAAUGA